AUGAAUGAGUUGACAAAGAAGGGAAAAAGUGUCCCGACGAAAGAUGAUUGGAAGCAUAUCAACUUAAUCACUCCAUUCUUGAAGUUGUUUUAUGAUGCUACAAUACUCAUAUCAGGGUCAUCUUAUUUGACAAGCAAUAUUUAUAUGUUUGAGGUCCUGGGUAUUGGAAAGAGCAUUGCAGAUAUGUGUGCGACUGAAGAUAAACAUCUAUGUUCAGCAGCUCAAAAGAUGAAGAAGAAGUAUGAUAAGUAUUGGGAACCUCAUGAGAAGCUUAAUAUGAUGUUGUUGAUUGCUCUAUUUUUCGACCCUAGGCGCAAGAUUAAAUUGGUUGAUUGGAUGGUAAGGUUGUACUACAAUAAGGAUGAUGCCGAUGCCUUGAAAGCAAACUUAGAUUUCUACUUGAAAUCUAUUUAUGACGAAUAUUGUGCUGGAUUUAUGACUCCUCAAGGUAAUUCAGAUGAGCCGCAUGUUUUUGGUAGUGUUAGUCAUCCUUAUGGAAUUGCUGAGUUUUAUCUUUCAGAAGGGUGUGACAAUGCAGAUAAUGAGUUAAGUACUUAUCUUGGAGAGAAGUUGGAGCAUAACAUGGAGAUAAAUAUUUUAGAGUGGUGGAAAGUUAACUCUGGCUGA